UUAAGUUUAAUAUUGAAAAGUGUAGCAAUCAACCUUUAUAUUCUACAAGUAAAGUGGUCACAGACUGUAAAAUCAGUUUUUGUGUUUUGUUUUCUUCCUCCCUACAUUCUUCCAAACCUGAUAACAGAUCAGAAAACAUCUUUCCGUGUUAUUUCUUGGGUGAAGUUUUGUUUUAGUUUUUAUUUUUUUUGCUAAAAUUUGUAAGUUUUUGGGAAUUUCUUGAGAGAAACAAUGUUUAAGUCAUGGAGGAACGACAAGAACAAGAUCAAAGCUGUGUUCAAGCUUCAGUUUCAGGCAACUCAGGUACCAAAACUGAAGAAAGCAGCUUUGAUGAUCUCAUUGGUACCUGAUGAUGUUGGGAAGCCAACCUUUAAGCUGGAGAAAGCUGAGGUUAAGGAAGGGAUCUGUUCUUGGGAGAAUCCAAUCUAUGUCUCAGUGAAGUUGAUUAAAGAAGCCAAAUCUGGGAUUGUUCGUGAGAAGAUUUACCAUUUCGUUGUUGCAACUGGUUCUUCCAAAUCUGGAUUUUUGGGAGAAGCUUCGAUUGAUUUUGCAGAUUUUCUUACAGAAGAAGAGCCAUUGACUGUCUCUUUACCUCUUAAGUUUGCCAACUCUGGUGCUGUCUUAAAUAUAACAAUUGAGAGGAUCCAAGGAGAAAGUGAUUCAAGACUUAUUGAGGAAAAUAAAGACCAAACACUCUCCAAUGAGAAUAGCUUCAGAAGUCUACCUAGCAAUGAUGACUUGGAGGGGUAUAACCAAGAUGAAAGGAUCUUGAAUAGAAACACGGCUAAGUCCUUUGAUUCCAUUGGUGAAUCAGAGUGGAUAGAUGGUUCGGAUGGGAACACACGCUUACCUCAACGACAUAACUCAAUUCCCGCAACCAAAAACGGGCAUAGGAGGUCAAACACAGACUGGUCAGCUAGUUCAACAUCUGAUGAAAGCUACGCCGAGUCAAGAAACAGUCCUGAGAACAGUUUACAGAGAGGAUUCUCUGUUGGUGGUACUGAUUCAAGUGACCCUGUUGAGAGGCUAAAGAUGGAGUUGGAAGCUUUGAGGAGGCAAUCAGAGUUAUCAGAGCUGGAAAAACUGUCUUUAAGAAAACAGGCGGUAAAGGAGAGCAAGCGGAUACAGGAACUGUCCAAGGAAGUUAGUUGUCUCAAGGGUGAAAGAGAUGGAGCUCUGGAAGAAUGCGAGAAGCUCAGGUUGGAGAAGAGUAGAGACGAAGCUGAUGCUGAAAGCAGAUUGAAAUGUGUCAGUGAGGAUUCAAGCAAUAUGAUUGAGGAGAUUAGAGAUGAGCUGAGCUGCGAGAAGGAUUUGACUAGUAACCUUAAGUUACAGCUGCAGAGGACACAAGAGUCCAACUCCAAUUUGAUUCUUGCUGUGAGAGAUCUCAACGAGUUGUUGGAGGAGAAAAAGAAUGAGAUAUCUUCUCUGAACAGGUCACUAGAAGAGACCAAGAAGCUUGCAGGAGAUUCUGGACACAAGGAAAAUGAAGAGAUAGCUACACUGAAUCAACAAAUUGAAGAUUUAGAUUGGGAGUUGGACUCUUACAGGAGAAAGAACGAAGAACAGGAGAUUCUUUUGGAUGAUCUUACUCGGGAAUACGAGUCCUUAAAGGAGGAAAAUCUGAAACAUGCAUCUUUGAAGUUGGAAGGCUCAAAACCAGCAGAUGAAUUCUCUGAUUCCAAGGAUGUUAUAGAAGAAUUGGAGUCUCAGAUAGAGAUAUUGGAAGGCAAACUGAAGCAACAAGCGCUGGAGUACUCUGAAUGUUUGAUUACAGUUAGUGAACUUGAGAGUCAAGUGAAGGAGUUAAAGAAAGAGCUUGAGGAUCAAGCACGAGCUUUCGAUGAAGAUAUGGACACAGUGAUGCGGGAGAAAACCGAACAAGAGCAAAGAGCCAUCAAAGCAGAGGAAACUCUGAGGAAAACGAGGUGGAGCAAUGCAAUAGCAGCAGAACGGCUUCAAGAGAAAUGCAAGAGACUUUCUCAAGAAAUGGAGUCUAAGCUGAGCGAGUAUGAGAACCUGACAACAAAGACUUUGGCUGAAGCCAACGACCUUCGUCUGCAGAACAAAAAUCUAGAGGAAAUGAAAGAGAAAGCACAUGGAGAGAUUGCACAAGAGAGAGAGAUGAAGAAGAACAUGGAAGAGAAGAACGAAGCUUUGUCAAUGAAAGUCCAGAUGCUUGAAGGUGAGGUCCUGAAGCUCACUAAGAUGACAGAAGAAUCAAAUGCAGCAGCCACCGAAACGGAGAAGAUAAUACAAGAAUGGAGGAAAGAAAGAGAUGAGUUUGAGAGGAAGUUUGCUUUGGCUAAAGAGGAAGCCGAGAGAGCGCAGAAAGAGUUGACUCUCAGUAAGACUUCAAACGAUGAAAAAGAGACCAGGCUUGGGAAUCUGAAGAGAGAAGUAGAAGGUCUAAGCGUGCAGUACAGUGAAUUACAGAACAGCUUUGUGCAAGAAAAAAUGGAGAAUGAAGAACUGAGGAAAGAAGUAUCAAAGUUGAAAGUUGAUAUCCGGAGAAAAGAAGAGGAGAUGACUAAGAUCCUAGAUGCAAGGAUGGAAGCAAGGUCACAGGAAAAUGGAGAGAAAGAGGAGAAUCUAGCAAAGCUAUCAGACGAAUUGGCUUACUGUAAGAACAAAAACAGUUCAAUGGAGAGAGAGUUGAAGGAGAUGGAAGAGAGAUAUUCAGAGAUAAGCUUGAAAUUUGCAGAGGUUGAAGGAGAAAGACAACAACUUGUGAUGGCUGUCAGAAACCUCAAGAACGGUAAGAAGUUUUAGUAUUCUGUAUUGGUGGCUUGCUAAUAACAAUUGUUUGUAACAUCGUAGACGAAGAGUAACUAUAUGAAGUUGUGUUGUUAAUAG